AUGAAAUCUGAACGUGGACACAAGAAGGUCGCCAGAAUUCUGAAGACGGUGCGCGAAAUCGAAUACGAUGACAUUGAGAACGCAUCGUUGAUCGGACAAGUCUAUUGUGGUGAGCUUUUGAUAUUGGUAGCUUUUUUAAUGCAGGCAUUUGCCUUCAAAAACAAGGGAACAUCUUAUAUACAGUUAUGUUAUAACUGUAAAUAUUUUCAGAAUGGUAUGUCCGAGAGGGCCCCGAAUGUUCAUAUGCCUAUGACAGCUCAGCAUAUUUUUACCCAGUAGUUGUAAAAAUUGAAGAAGUCACUGACAGUGGUAUCCCCAGGCCCAACAAAUCUGAAUUACGCUCUCUCACCAAGAGGUUGGAAAGUAAGCCGUUUUUUUAACCUUAUCAUUCAUUUCAAAUUCGGCUUUUUCGUAAUUGAUGCAUUAGCUUAGUCGUACUUUCAUCCCUUUCAAUUUCACGGUGUUCCAUUUGUCCCGCAGUUUAAUAAUUCCCAUAGCCGUUGCCAAGAAUUUCUUUUAUCUGAUUGUAAAAAACAUAUUAUUCAAUUAUACAAAUCAUCAGACCAUUAGCGACCGGCUAGACCGAUGUUUAUCAGAAUUGUUAAAAGACGAGCAGAAGCCAUAAGACUGUCUCGGCCGGAUUCGAAAACAUCCGAAUCUCUGGACACGUGAGAUCCGUGAGUCAGAGAUGAUCUAGAAUUCUGAAUUUUUAAUCCGAAGACGUUCCACAUCUUCCGAUCGGAUGUUACGAAAUCUUUUGCAUAUUACAAUACUUACGUCUGGGUGUCGUUUUUGUAAUAUUUCUUUUUUUUUGUUUUAUAAUUUAUUCGGCGGAAAUUUGGAAACGGACUAAAAAUCAGGGCACGGCGAUUUGUUGACUGAAUAUUAAUUAGUAAUUCGAAGGCAAUAAAAAAGUAAAAAAGAAUUUUAAACUGAAAUGCAUCUAAAUUCUGUAUUUUAGGCGUAGGACGCCGUAAUCAUUUUGGGACUCUAUCUAUUUUUACUUUUUUCAGAAACUCUAAAACAGUGGAGGUCAAAGGAAGAGCUCGGAAUCAACGAGAUCCCUGAUGCCUUUGUCAGAGUGGUCGCUGAAAUUAGUAAGUUAUAAGUAACAAAGAGUGUGGUACAUUCAAUUUUUAUCACUAACAUAAGCCUAAAGACCGUUUAUUUUCGGAUAGUAAAACCAACUUUUUCAGUUAUCAAAGCGAACGAUGAAGUCGAUACGAUUGCCCGAUUCUUCGACAAAACAUUCAGCCAAAACUGUAAGCAUUCAAUCCUUGAACCCUCGGGUUUGGGCCCGUAAUUGACUUAACUCUCUAAUUUUCAGGCCUAGCCAAUUAA